GGUGAAGCGUUACUAUCCCACGCAGGGGCGCAGCUCUGCCAAGACCCUUCUCUUCAUCCUCCUCGCCAUUGUCUUCUUCCAAAUUUAUAAUGCAGAAGAUGACCUCCUCCUGGCUGGAGCCACCCUGGAAGACAACACAUCUGGCUGCUCUCUGCAGGGCUGGGAGUCUCAGGUGCCACCUGUCCCUUCCGAACUGCCCAUAAUCACAGAGCAACCUGUUGUAUCAACAACAUUCUCCUUGGAAAUCACCACCGUGGCCAAUGUUUCUGAGUGGCCCUGGGGAGAGGAGAGAUCUUCCGAAUCCACUGUUGACAUUACCCAUUUUUUGCAGCAGAAUCCAGCUGCUUUCUGAAGAUCGAACGCCCUCCCCGCUUUCACUGGAGGGAGAAACGAAACCAGAGCCUAAACUGGGAAGUCAGAGGGAGAGACUGCCAUGCUGAUGGUGGGCCUUUAGAAAAAGUAUCUUUGUAAAGCAGAAGUAAAGAUGCAGAAAAAGAGACAAGGAGGUUUUGGAGCUCAGCCUGUGCGGUCACCCGCCCGGAGGAUGCCAAGCAAGGCUGACGUUACAAAAACUUGAACUGGACUGACAUGGCAUUAUGCAACAGGAAAGGGGACAAUUCCUUGUUGCUGCAAUUUUAUGGAGGGGGAAAGGGGAUAUUUAAUAUUUAUUAAUAAUAAUAAUAAUAAUAAUAAUAAUAUCUAUGUAAUUUAAACUGACUUUUAUUUAUGUGUGAAACUGGGAGGUAGAGUGGGGAAUUGCUGCUCUUGUAUGGCACUAUGCAUUUGGAAAGAAUUCUUAUGUUUUAUGUUUCUCUAGCAAGGUAGAAUUAAUACUAAGGUUUUUUUGUGGGUCAUAAAUCUCUGAUAGGAAGAGGGCUAGACUUUGGAAAUCAAGAAUCUUUUUAUGAUUUGUACUUUGGCGAAGGAGCAAGGUUUCAGUGAGGACUGAAUUAUGAUCUGAAUUUUGCAAAUAGUGUUGUGAUACUUCAAUAAUGGGGGGAAAGUUGUGUGACAGGAAAAAAAUAAAAAAACUGACAAGUAAAAAAAAUGUUAUUGAAGCUGAUGGACAAGACUUUUCAGCUUCGUGAGAACUGGCACAAUAAAAGUUAAAGAUGCUCCUUUUUAUUUAUUGUAAAAACAACUGAUUUUUUUUAUUCCUGUUUUGUAUGUUAGACAGAACAUUUUUUGUUAGUGUUUGCUAGCUGUGUAACAAUGAGUUGUUUGUAAGGGUUGAUGCAGCCAUAUUAGCAUUUCCAAAACUUUAGUAACUCACUUUUUGUGAAUUGCACUUUAUAUGUUAACACUAUUCCAGAUGAACUGGCUCAACUCUGUAUGUUCUAUGAACAAUCAAUUAAAAUAGUGAUGUUUUAA